AUGCAAGAAUCACAGCGUUUUCCAUUGGGUACACGUGUAGCAGAUCCAUUAGAAGGUCGUACGGGUGAGAUACAAGCAUUUGAUGCUACUACAGGGCUCUAUACCCUCGUAUAUAACGAUAAUCACCGCGACGUCUUAUCCACCAAUCAGACCGAGUUAUUUGUUAUUCAAAAAGCACAACCGGAUAGUAGAAGUGAGUCCGAAUCAGAUCCGAAUCAGUUCUUAGGUGCAUCAAUCAUGAGAAGCUCUACAAGCUAUGAAGGCAAAAUACUCACAAGUUGUGGUCACGUGACGCAGUAUUUCAGUAAUAUUAAACGUUUUCGUGUGCUCUUUUCCGACGGCUUCUACUCAGAUAUGACGCUAGAAGAAGUACAAGAGAAUAUACAGACAGACGAAGAAUCAGAUGUGAAGACCAUGACAGAUACUGACGAGCUCUUGAGAAGAAAAGAGAAGAAGAAUCAACCGGACUUUGAUCAAAAAAAGGAGCGACCAUUGAAUACAAAAAAGUUUGACAGUCGUAAAACAGCUUAUACCAUGUGUCGAGAGGUAUUGAGUAUUAUUUUAAACCAGAAGAAGGGGAGUAAACAUUGUUCCGAGAAACAAAAAGUGAUUCUAAACAACAAGGACUUGACGCCGAAACGAGCGCUAGAGGUAUUUGUUGAAGCAGACGGAUUGUACGCACUGGAGAAAUUUUUGAACAUUUGGUUUCGUCUUGAGAGCACGCGCUCAGCUGCCCUGCUCAUCAUGAAGGUUUUGGCCAUGCUGCCUGGCGUGAAGGAGGAGCAUUUAAGAAAAACAAAUAUUGCACGUACACUGCGGGGUAUUGAAAAGCUUAGCUACUCUAGCCACAUUGACAUUGUGUUUGGCGACCUGGCGCAUUGGAUUAUUCAAAAAUGGGCGAGAACGGCGAUGAAUCGCUCAUUCAACCGAUCGGCACGAGACUUGCUGCUUGAGCAGCAAGCUCAAAUUAGGCGGGCGAACACAGAUGGCCAGGUGCAUUUAAUUGCACGCUCAACGACAAAAUCAACUCCACAACAGAAAGAAACGGCUCGUUUAGAAGCAUUGCGAACUGGGACGGACGCAAGUGCAUGGUCUCCACAAGACCCAGGCGAGGAAGUCGUGGUGUAUUUGCCACAAUUCAACUCGCUGGGCUCGGAGAAUAUGCGUCGUCCCAUUCGUCAAACUCAAGUAAUUGAGUCGCUGGCGGCAAAAAUUAAUCGUGACUACGAAGACUCGGUGAAAAAGCACUAUGAGAACGAAGAGGCAGAGAAAGAAGAUGGCGUGACUUCCGGGCGGAUGGUGUUUGGAAAGCCUCAAUUGCUGCAUUUCAGCCAACACGUUCCUGUGAUAGGCUUACUCUCAACGACGCGGAGUAAGAUAGUUGACAAGAACACAGGAAGUAGUGACGGUGCUGCGGUCUUGACAAGUGGUGAAAAUGGUGAGAGUUUGUUACCGAAGACUUUGCCAAUGCCCAACAAGACGCAAGCGCCGAAGAAGUCCAUUCUGAAAGUCAGACAUGAAGUCAUUACACCGGCGUCGCAAGUAAGUUGGAAGCCUGAAAACUGA